UGGCUCGCCUUGGUUAGCUAAUGGCUACCGGCUGGUCGCCAUAUUAGUGGCGCACUAAUUUCUUGUCUUUCUUUACAUAUUUUCGUCGUUAGCGACGAAAGGGAGUACACCAUACUCCCUUUUUUGUUUAAAAGCUUGUGCGUUUGUGAUUUUACCUGCUGGUAAAGUUUGUUUGUAUAUAAGAUAGAUUUUUCUUUGUUUUGGUAUCAUAAAGAUGGCUUUCUAAAAUGUCGCCUUUGCACGUAAAAUCGUUGUCUCCUUGCGGAGCUUCCCGCUCAGUUAUUUUUGUGAAUGUUAGAGGAAUCCAGAAUGGACAAGAAAUCUAUAAAUCGAUCAUCUCAACCUCAGCCAAGGGCAUCUGCCAUUGACUGUAAAAAAAAUACAGACUUGACACACAAACCUUGGCCACGCAGUAAUAAGAAACGCGAGGGACCUAAUAGCGCUCCUAAAAAUGAACCGUACCGUAAGAAUACAUCAACACAGAGGGGUAGAGGAUCAGCUGAUAGGAAACCACGUCCUCGUGGCCCUUCUGGUUUCGUUGUGGGUGGAACGCAGAGCGCCGGGAUAGAAGAGGAUGAUGAGCCUGAAAUUGGCUCAGUGUUAGUGCCUGGAAGCAAAAAGCAAAACUUGAACCAUUUGCUGAACUUCAUGUACCCCACCCGUGGGGGCCAGGAUCGCAGAAGUGGCCAACCACAGCCUCGUAGACAAGGGCAGCGUGUGUCAUACAGACACGAGCAUGAUCUUUAUCUCCGUGCAUAUUGCCAAUUCAUUUUGAAGGAAGAUGGAGACUACAAGGCAAAUAUACUGGAUCCUGAUGUGCCUGUUAAUUGGGAGCAAAUUGAAGAAAUUGUGGUGAGGAGCACAGGUCGAUCCGAGUGUCCAAUCUGUUUGGGAGUUGCAGCAGCGGGACGCGUUGGUCCCUGUGGUCAUGUGUACUGUUGGGGCUGCGUGUUGCAUUAUGCAGCCGCGCAUGAGAAACAACCACCUCCCUGCCCUGUGUGCGCGACUUCACUCAAUGUACAAGAUAUGAAACCUACACGGAUGAUCCAAUGGGAUUCACCCACUGAAGAAGUUACGAUGCGCCUGGUUCGCCGACUUCGAGGCUCUACAACAGUGGAAAUAGCACCGCCUCGGGGACAGCAGAUUGAAUCUAUGCCGACGCCCAUAUUGCCUCUUGAAAGUAUUAAUAACGCACCUUAUUCCAAGUUUUUUACGGCUACAAAGAAACAGGUGCAUGAAAUAUUAAAGAGAGAAAGAAUGGAAAUACAAAACCAAAUAUUGGCUGAAAUUGAUACCACAGAAAUUGUUUAUCUUGAACAAGCCUUGGAUAUGCUUAAAUUAAAAGAGGAUAAACUAAAUAACAUACCUGACAAGAAUGAUAUUGUUGAAACAGUCCCUGAAGAGACGGUACCAAUUGUUUAUGAAAAACAAGAGGUAAAUAAAAAUAAGAUUGACUGGUUUGAUAUAACUGAUGAUGGUGCAGCUUCCAUUGAAGUCAUACAAGAUCAAAUGGAAGAAUUGAAUAUAGAAAUUGCUGCAUCAAACUUGAAUCCAGAUGCACCAACAUUUAUCCAUAGUGAUAUAAAUGAGAAAGAUGUACAAGAUGUUGAAGAGUUUCCUUUAAUUGAAAAUUUGCCUCCAUCAGAAAUUGCAGAAACAUUAGUCAGCAACCCUACAGUGACAGAUACUGAUAAAGAAAAUCAAGCAAAAUACUUUUAUUUUUAUCAAGCUGACGAUGGCCAAUUAGUAUUUCUUAACAGUUUAAAUGUGCGCAUUUUGAACUCAUCGUGGGGUGCGUUAUCUGCCGCCCCUCACGUUAUUCGAGGUCGCGUACUACAUCGUGAAACCUUGUCGCUGAGUGAACAAACCCGGAAGCAUAUGCCUUAUACUGCCCACUUGCCUCUCCACUGUUCAUUUGAUAUUGUGGAACUGGAUUUGCAACCACCACAUGUGACUGCAGUUGCUCUUAAGAAUUUCACAGAGGAAUUAGAACGUCGAGCCCGGAUUCGGGCACGUCAACAACGUGACGAGCGACGUCGGGAACGUGCAUAUCGCCGCGCCAUGGAAGGUCCGCCUAAGCCUGACUUUUCAUCAGAAGUGAUGUUCCCGCCUGCGGCUCCUUUACACAUCAGUCCAAUUUUGGAAUCAACACAUUCGCUUGAAGAAUCCAUCCCAACUUCUAGUGCUGCAUCUCCACCAUCUUCUGGACCUUCUUUUGCAAAGAUGGCAAGCACCAGUGGUGCUUGGCGUGUUCGUAAGCCAGCUGCACAGACGCCUCCUCUUCCGGCGGCUGAUAACGAGGAAGGACUUGUCCCACGUACCCUCAGUUUGAGUGACGCUAUAGAGGCCGCACUUCAUGCUACGCCUUCUCCCACGAACAAGAAGAACAAAAAGAAUAAACAUAAAGUUUUAUUUUCCAUGGGCAUGCAACGUUCCGCAUAAUUACAAAAAUUGGCGCUUUUAUAAUUUACCUUGAACAUAUGGAUUUCUCUAUGGGUGCUUAUAAUUGUAACCGCUUAUUGUACAAGGUUUUUAACGUCAUGGUGUUUUCCAACAAUGCAUUUUGCAUCGCUGUUUACUGCGACUGUAAAAUCCUGUUAUGUCGUACCGUUCAACAGUAAGUAAUAAAAGUAAUCUUUACUGUUUGUAUUUCAACUAUUGUUAUAUUAUAGAUACAUAUAUAUAUUUUUUCAGCUAAUUGUCUUGCGGUGUUUUCGUAGAUUAAAGAUAUUAUUUUGGUUCUAGUAGUUCGCACAUUUUAAAACGUAUAUUUAACUAAUAUUUGUAUACCAGCCAAUGUUAAAUUUUGGUUAUUGUUAUAAUAAUACAAACUGUCAGUGAUAAAAACAUUUUUAUCAACAUAAACAACAUAGACAAAUAUUUGACAUUGGUAUUUCGGAACCAUAAUUAUAAUUGUGAGGGCAGUCUAGAUAGAUUUUAAUAAAUAUACCUGAUUUGCUCAAUUUGUUUUUCAAAUUCAAAAGUGUAUGCAUAUGUAUAUAUAUAUAUGAAGCUUAUAAUAUCAUCAAAUGACAUUUGUUGGACUCAUUUAAAUUACUAUAUAGUGACAUUUUAAUUAAUAUGUAAUAAUUAAAACUGGUGUUAAGCAUAUUGUCAUAGAAUUUAAUACAAGUUCAUUAAAUUAUCUUCAGUCUUAUUUACUAACCCUUAAAACAACUCCUAAUCAGUAAUGUUAUUUCGUAUAAUAGGUCCAGUUCUAUCAUGUUACUAAUUUGAGCAAUUAUUUUUGUUGUGUGUGUUUCAUAUUUUAUCAUGUAAUAUUAUAUAAUAUAUCUAAAACGUUUUAAAGUACUGUAAAAGGACAAAAUUGUGUUUAUAGUGGUUUACCUGUAUAGUUUCUCAUCCAUACACUGUUCCAAAGCUUGGGAGUAUUGUAUCACGAUAAUAUUGCAUUUUAAGUAAAUGUUAUUAAUACAACUGGAUAUUCUCUUUUAUUAAUAAUAAAUAGUGUUGAUAUAAAGUUCCAGAUGCGGGCAAAUCGAAUAUAUGUUUUAAAAUUUUAAUUGAAGGGACUUUAGGUUGCCAAGAGUUUAUUUGUAUAGUCAUGAAACUGAACCUUUUUUUAAUUUUCAUGAAGAAACAAAUUGAUAAUCUGGUAAUAAAUAUUGGACUUUACAUUA